UCCCUACAUACGUUUAGUGCCUUCGUAUGAAUAAUGCGCGACGCAGAGCGCAGUGUCAUUUACUAAUUUUGAUAAUUGGUCUUAUAUGACGUUUAAACAAAUACGAUUAAUUUCGACUCGCAAUAACUGGAAAGAUAGAUAUCGAUAAAAAACAAUCUCUUUAUCUAAUUAUAAAUUAUAUAUAUGUGAAAUGAUAUUAUCUUAUAACAAGCAAGAUUUCAAAUGACAAUGUAUAAAUCUAAAAAAAGUAUUUAUACACAUAGAUAGUUUAUAAAAGUGUAUAUAUGCAUAUAUUUGUAAUAUAAAAUUUAUAUACAUAUAUUUAAUUAAAAUAUGGAAACAACAGAAAAUAUUUAUAAGUCAUGAAAGAGCGCAUGAAUAUAUAUAAAUUGAUAAAAUAUAACAGAGAAGAAUUAGAUAUUAACUUUAAAUUGUGAAUUAUGGAGGAAAAUAAUCAUCGCAAGAAUAAGAUUUGCAAUUUAUUCGGAAAUGUAAAUAAAGUGAACAAUGCGGCGGAAAAAAUCAGCAAACAGAAAGUGAUGAAAAUAAGAUCGGAGUCGCAUAAGAAUUCUCUCUGGAUGCUUCCGGUGUUAAUAAUAUUUUUCAAGCUUAUCGGUCUCGCUACGUUCACCCAUCGUAUUGACACAUCGAAAAAGAGGACGUUAUAUACAUUCCAGUAUUCCGAAUAUGGUAUCGUCUACAACACAGUGCUAAUCAGCUUAACGGUCGCUUCGAACUAUCUGUCGAUACCAUACAGAAUUAACCUGAAGUACGAGAACAAGACGAAUUUGACCGUGGCCAUCGAGCUUGUACAAACUAUACUCGGCACCAUCGUGAUCUGCACGAUUCUGCUCUUCUAUUGCGUCGACCAGAAAUUCUUCGUGCGGAUAAUAAAUCGAUUGACGGAUGUUGAGCAUGAGAUUGAUCAUCUAUAUCGUCUGUAUAAUCCGCUGCGACGACAGCGUGUCUUGUGUACCUUGAUCAUCGUCUGCAUCUUGAACAUUUGCCUGCUGAUCGUUCUCCUGAUCACCGAAGUUCUGGCCUUCCACUCGAGCCCGAUUUCCUGGCUGUCGGACAUCUUGCCGACAUUUCAUGUGGGGUGGAUGAUAAUACAGUAUUUUAUGCUGGUCACGAUUAUCCAGGCGGACUUCGCCGACGUGAAUCGGGCGAUAGAGGACUUGUCCAGGGUCAGCACACCGGAUUUUCGACCGCAGUCCUUCUGUCAGACGCGCCGCGUCAUCGUCAGCAACUCUAUCGUUCGUCAGCUGCUGCAAUUGCGAGAUGUGCAUUGUCAUCUCUGCGAGAUCUCGGGGAACGUGUCGGAUUUUUACUCAUUGCCAAUACUGUUCGGCGUCACUUUCCUUUUUUUGUCACUCAUAUAUAACGGCUAUUACCUUUUCUCGCCUCUGUUGAUGUCCGACGAAGUUUUAGAAUACGAGAUUUUUAGUAACACCAUCUUUUGGCUAAUAUAUCUAAUUUACCCCCUUUUUAUCCUCACCAACAGGAUUACUAAGAUUUUGAACGAGAUGGAGAAAACGGGCAAUAUAGUUCAUAACAUCUUAAGUUGUACGAUCGGCAAAGAAGCAAAAUCAGAGAUUUAUUGUUGUAGCUCAAGCAAUUUUCGCUUGAAAUACUACAUCGUAAGAUACGAUUCACAGCUAAUGGAUACUUCACUCUUGAUAACAGUUUUCUUUAUUCGCUGAUCGGUACGGUAGUGACGUAUCUAGUGAUACUUGUACAAUUUCAAAUGGGAAGCUCGAGAUCACAAUGUAAUUGUACACGUGAAAAUUCGUAAAACACAGAAUAAUAACAAAUUGAAGAUAAACAAGACAACGAUGUAUCAGGAAGUUUUUUGAAUUGAAGAAUUUUAUAAAUUCAAUUAUGGAUACCGACACGUACGCAGAAUUGUAACGAUGACUGUGUAUCCGUAACUUUCUAAUGUAAUUUCCUCUAAUAUGUGUUCUUAUAUGUAAUCAAUUUUGAUCUCUACAGAACUGAAGGAUAAAGAGGUGUAAAAAAAUAUAUAUUAUACAUUAAUUACAUAUAAUUAUCAAUUAAUUUAUUCAUUAUACAUCAUAUCUUGAACGGCACUCGAUUAUUAUAGAAUACAAUGAUAAAAUGGAAUUCUAGUACAAAUUUCUCUAAUGUGUGAAUUUUCUUUUUUAAUGCCGUCAUCCAUUGAUUUUGCCAAUAUUUUCCAUCUUUCUCAUAAGAAUAAUGUCUUAUAACAAUCAAUUUUCUUACUGUCAUAGAUCAUACUUUCUCGUUAUACCGGCUCGGGAAUUUUUUAAACAAUCGUUAUCGUCAAAUACGAUCGUCACUAACGACGGUCAUUAAAAGCUAUUAAUUCCUACAAGUACCUCACGAAGUUCAUCUCUCAAUGCGAUCCUAUCCAGCUAUAGCGUAGGCCCACGUUUACGAAUGUCAUUUUGUAUAACAUAAAACGGUAUAGUAAAUCUUUCAAUCUUUGUACAUUUAAUAAUUGCACAUUAAAUUUUAAAGUAACACAGCAUAUGGUUUAUAAUUAUACGACAGGCAUUUUAGCUACUUUCCUUGUUGACUAGAAAACUAGUUUCCGAGACAAUUUCCGGGACUAGUUUCCGUCUUUCCUAAUCACAACCAAUUAAUACUACGUCGGCGAAUUAUAGCCCAUUCAUCAUCGUGAAUUCG